CUCGAGUUCCGUGUUGGCGAACCCGCCCCCCUCUAGCUGCGUCCCGCGCGGCCCCGUCCGCCAGGGGGCCUCGGCGAAGGCAGCCAUGGCGGAGCCCCUGCCGCCCGAGAAGCAGGUGCGGUUCCUGCCGCAGAGCCCCGUCGGCUCCAUACACUCCCAGAUGUUCGGGUCGCAGUCGCCCUUCCCCGUGCAGCAGAACCCGUUCGGGCCUGGCGGUCAGCCCAUGAUGGCGUCCUUUGCAGGAGGCGAGCCGUUUGCCUUCGGUGCUGCUGGCGCCCCGGGCCAUUCCAUUCCCGCCGGGCCGCUCGGGAGGCUCGUCCAGUUCCCGUCCUCCGCGACGGGAGGGCCCACGGCGCCCGACCAGG